AUGAGGCUUCAUGUUGACAAGAAAGCACACCUCUGUCAGUGGUUAAAAGAGAGGUAUGCUGGUUUCGAGCUCUACCAGAGACACAAAUUCCUGAAAGAAUGGACCUGGACGGAGCCAGCUGAGUCUCCCAUGCGCAGACCUCACCGGCACACAGUUGCCCUUGCUCAUCCAGCCCUAAGAGACAAUACUUUUGUGACUCCCAAGGAAGAGAGUAUCCGGACAAAAGGGGGCAGGCAACCCAGGGUUGCACCACCCUGGACCACCUUAAGGAAACUGGGGUACACUCACUUUGGUUCUCUCAGUGCCAAACUUACCCAGGUGCAGCUGCAGCUGGGCUACAACACAGGGACUUCCACGCUGGUGCUGCCCUUCACUCCAGUGAGGGAUGUUGUCUUCUCCAAUCUCCAGCUGGUGAAAUGCAACAGGCCUUUCAGAGUGUUCAACCAUAGGACCAUAGACAGGAGAGUGCUAGAUUUCUCCCUGGAGUCUAGUGCUGCUGCCCUGCACAGGUGCCAUUCUUAUCACCCCAGCCCACUGCCCAAUGGGCACUUGGUGGCUGCCUCAGGGAUCCCUGUCUUCAGGGGCAAUCAUAUUGACUGUGAGGCUUUUGUCCAGGCUGGGGUGCUCUACCAACACACCGCCACUCCCUUCUGGCCCAGCAGGAACUACGUGCCCAUGAUGGUGGAACUGCUGGGGUCAGAUGCCCAAGGUGCUGGAUCAGUGAAGGUGCUGGCCCAGGAGCACUUCCAACUGCAAGUGAGCAUUCAGAAAAGAAUGGAGAACACUGCACCCAGGCCCAGUUUCUUGCUUCUGAUGACGGUGGAGGUUGAUCAGUCCCUACUAACAGCCCUGAUGCCUGGUGCACUGACCUCAGAAGACAUAGAGUCAGACCCUGACAACCUGGUCUGCAACAUUCUCAACGUUCCUGUAGCCCCACCUGGGCACCCUGGCCAGCAGGGCUAUACGGUCAGCACUGACAACCGCCUAGGCCUUCCAGUCUCUUUCUUUACCCAGAAGGAGCUGUGGGAGAUGAAGAUUGUGUCUCCAACAGGGAGCUCAGGGAACAGGAUCUUCCAACUGGAACUGCAGAUGGACGGAGAUGGUGAUACAUCAAAUCCUUUUGCCUUCAUGGUGGUGGUGAAAUCCAUGAAUGCCCUGGCUCCUGUGGCUUGCUACAAUGGAGGAUUUCUGGUUUUUGAAGGCCAGGCAAGGCCCCUGUCCAAUGUCCAAAGCUUUCAGAUCAGUGAUAAAGAUAGUCUAGAAGAGCUGAAAAUUGCUGCCUUCAGAGGCUUGCAACAUGGGCAACCGGUUGUACUUGGGGUGCCUGCUAGGUACAAGUAUUUCAUGCCAACAGACCUAAAAGCCAGCCUAGUGGUGUACCAGCUUGAUGGUAGUGACUCUUAUAGUGACAACAUCAUCUGCUAGAUGGAGGAUGAGCACCAUCAGGCGAAUUUCCUCUUCCCUAUCACCACCAUGCUUGUGGACGAUGAGCCACCAGUGGUCACUGCCAACACAGGACUCUCAGUGACCCAAGAGAUGGUCCAGAUAUCCCCCUUUGUCCUGAGUAUCCUCUUUGUGCUGGACCAGUGGCCGGAAGGAAAAGAUGAAGAGAGAAAAUGCACUCUGACUGAUCCUGAUUCCUAUCACCCAAGCCAACACCUAGGUGACAUGUUGCUGAGACAAGCUGAACCCCCUUUGUUCCUUCAGCAGAAUGACUGGUACUAUGUGGAAAAGGAGGGUCUUUAUGAGAAGGUGGUUUCUGAGUGGCUACAGAGAGAUAUGACUGAAGGGAGACUCCUCUUCUGCCAUCUUGGGCCACAGAUCCUUCAUUCUACAGUGGCUCACCUGUCUUUCCAUGUGCAGGAUGACCAUGACCUACCCAAUCUCUCCAACUAGUACUUCUUCACCAUUAGUAUCCGGCCUCCAGGUAAGUUGAAUCUACACCUGUGUCCAGGAGCUACCCUCAAAAUGAUUGUGCAAGGAUAACAGCUCACUCCCUUCCAGAAGAAAGGAGUGAUAUAUAUAUUUCUUCAAUAUAUUGACCAGAACCCAGAUGAUCAGAACCUGUGAUACAUGCUACUGACACCACCAAUUGAUGCUGAUGGCAAUCACCAACUCCAGGCUAGGAAAAUUGUACUCACUGAUUCACCAAACAGACCCAUAAUACAUUUUACCCAGGCCCACGUCAAUCAUCAAAAGAUUGCUUAUCAGCCAUCACAGAAGUUGGGCAUUGUACCUCGGGUUGCACAAUUCACCUACCAGGUAGAGGAUGCUGGUGGCAACAAAGUGCCAGGCACAUUCACAUUUUCCUUGCAGCCUUCACACCAGCCAACAGAAGUCACCAACAGAAGCUUUGCUGUCUUAGAGGAAGAUAGCUUUAGUCUCGGGAGUGAUGAACUCAAUGUUAGAGAUCCUGACACAGACAUUGAUUAAAUUGUCUUUAUUUUAGUCUGGGGUCCUCACCAAGGAUACUUACAGUCUUUAAAAAAAUGUAUGGUCCCAGGGGAAUCUUUCAUAUGAGCAGAUAUUGUUAAUGGGAACAUCUCUUAUCAGCAUAGUAGUGUUCAGACUACCAGUGACAUCUUCUACCUGAAAGUAAGUGAUGGGGUGCACCAUAUACCCAUCACUGUCCAGAUUUCUGUGCAUCCUACUGUGGCUGAUAAAAGUCCCCAGAUCUCUUUCAUGGGUAGCCCAAUAUUGAAUAUUUCCAUAGACAUAGUUGAGAAUACAGCUACUGAGAUCACCAUGGGUAUUAUUCAUAGCAAAAAGGACACCAGUGACUUAAUGCUUUUCAUUGUGGGUGGCAAGCCCAAACUGGGCACUAUUCUGGUGAAUGGUUUGCCCACAGAAUGAUUCACCCAAUGAGACCUCAUUGGUGGGAUAGUAAUCUGUGUCCACACUGGAGGGGUUUUCCAAGAGAAGCAUGAUGCUCUCAGCCUCUUCCUCUCCAAGGAUUUUUAUCACUAGUCAAUGGGGAACAACAUCGUGGAGAGGGUGCUGAUGAAAGUGACAGUGCUACUGGUGGACAAUGUGGCCACCAAGGUCAUGGAAGGAGAGUCUUUCAUUGUAUAUGAAGGUGAGAAGAGCCUCUUGACCCCACAGAAUCUCAACAUUGAAGAUGUAAACACUCGUGAAAAUAAAAUUCCUUGUACCAUGACUAGGCAUCCAGCCUCUGGCUACCUGGACAUUGCACCAGCUCCUGGUACAGACGUGUCAUGAGCUUGGAGCCCCAUCAGUGCUUUCUCCAUCAAGGAUGUCAAAGUAAGGUAUAUCAAUUAUGUACAGAGUAUCCACAAGGGGGUAGAGCCACAAGCAGAUCAAUUCACCUUUCAUUGCUCUGAUGGCAUCAACUUCUCUCCAAAUGUCCUCCUUCCUGUUAUCAUCUUGCCCAGUAAUGAUGAGCAGCCUCAACUUUUCACCCACAAGUUUGUCGUAUUAGAGGGAAUAAGCAGGGUCAUAGAUGCUUCACUGCUCAAUGGAGUAGAUGCUGACCUGCCACCAGAUAAGCUCCAUUUUCAACUCAAAGCCUUCCCACUACAUGGACAAAAGCAGCAGCUGGCCACAGAGCAGCCCAUCCAUAGCUUCUCUUUACAAGAGACCCAGGAGGCCGCCUCCAUUGCAUAUGACCAUGAUGACUGGGACAGCUUUGAGGUCUGGCUGAGUGACAGUAGACACACCACUCACAAAGAGGUGCUCAUCGUGGUAAUGUUGCUGGACGAUGAAGCCCCUCGACUGAUCAUCAAUGAUGGGCUGGAAGUAGAGACUGGACACUCUGAGAUUAUCACAGAUCGCAUCCUCAAGGCCACAGAUCUUGACUCUGAUGAUCAGAGCCUCAGUUUCACCUUCUAUUCCGAGCCUCAACAAGGGCUUCUACAAGGACUGAGAAGACCACGAGGAGAAGUGAGACACAACCUCACUGUGGGAUUGAACUUUACCCAGGAUGAAAUUGAUAGAUCCCUCAUCUGUUAUGCUCACACGGGCCAAGAAAGGGCUGUUGAUGUUCCCAAGUUUGAUGUGACUGGUGGAGUUAACACUUCGAAGGACCACUAGUUCUACUCUACCAUUGGCAGCUUAAACAGGAUCUCUCCUGAUAGCAAAAGGGUCACCUUGACAGGAGGUGGCAGAGUGACCCUCAGCACUGAACUGCUUAAUACCAGUGACAUCCACAGCCCUGGUGAGCAACUUCAUAUUAACAUCUCACAGGCUCCUAGCCUGGGCCACUUAGAAAACUCUGACCAGCCUGGGGAACCUAUGGCAUCUUUCACUGAGCCUCCACUGGUUGGCAACAAAAUAUCUGAUGUCCGCAUCUCAAAGGAUGAGAUAAAGACAGAGUGUCCUGAGCUUAGAGUGACUAGUGAACACAGUUCUGCAUUUAGAGCCCCCAGGAUCUUUAUCUCAGAUGGGGACAAUAAGAAACUGAUCAUCCAAAAUUUAACACUGCAAAGAGGAGAAAGCAUCCUAAUCACUCCUGUCCACUUAACAGUGGAAGAUAAGGAUACCGCAAAUGAUUUUAUAAUUUUUACCAUCAUUCAAGUUCCCAUCCGGGGCAAGAUUUUGUAUAAUGGUAGCCAUUCUGUGACCACUUUCACCAAGCAGGAACUGAACAGGAACCUGAUUCGUUACUAUCAUGAUGGGAGUGAAGUCCCUAAAGGCAGUUUCUCCUUGACUGUGACCAAUGGCACUCACAUUGGUUUCUAUGUCUUUUAGAACACUACCCUGGAGACACACGUACCUCAAGGAAUGCAGAUCCGAAUAAGCUCCCUUAACCACAGGCUCCUGUAGAUUGCCAUCAACAGGGGAGCCACAGCCUUGAAGCUCCUUCACACUGGACAAUUGAGCUUCCUCAUCAGCAACAAGACAGAAGAUCAGGAUGGUCCCUAUGGGCUCCUGAAGUUUAAAGUGACCAGAGCACAUACACAUGGCUGCAUCACCAACACGGGCCCUGGAAGCAAGAACACCCACAUGUUCACACAAGUUGAUAUUGGUGAGAUAAGGCUCCACUAUGUCCUGAGGAAGGGCAGCAAUGCAACGAAGGACAUCUACCUCUCUGUUGAAGACAAUGCUAAAUCGAGUAAGACCUUAGAAGUGACCCAUAAAUUGAGAAAUCUAAAGUGCAUUUCCUACUCCAUCAGCGGCUUUCUUGGCAAGCUUGAAUAUAAUUUACCUUAUUUCAGUGUUAAAAAGCAGACUGAGGGCUGGGAACAUAGCUUAGUGUGGCUGCCUCCUUGGAGCACUUACCCAGCCCAACAUGACAGUUGUAGUCCCCAAUGGCAGAAAAGCCUUGAACCUGGUCUGCUGGCCAGUCCCAGUCUGCUUCUGCACUGGCAUGAUCUUCAAAACCUCAUCCUUAAGAGGUGCUCCCAGGAAAAAGACAAUAAUUUCGGAUUCCUUCAUGGGAAGGGAGAAGAGGUAGAUCUCCUCCAGGUACUUGGUCUUCAGGUCCUUGACCAGACGGCCCAGCUUGGUGACUGGAAUCCAGUCCUUAUCUUCAGCUUUGCCUCCAGGAGCCCCAUGGCCCCGACCUCAACCACAACCACCAUCCUGGUAGACCGGCCUGGUAGACCGGUACCAAAUCCUCCACGGAAGCGGCCCCGGCCUCCCAAGCCUGGGCCUCCAGGUCCUCCCGGCCGUCCGGCUGCACCAGUGUCAUCGGCCAUUUGGUAUAGUUACAGCUACUUUAGAAAUGCCUUUUCGGAGAAGAUUCAGUCUCCUAAACGGAUACGAACAUUCAACAAUCAAAAGAAGUCCUCUGAGCCUGGCCUGCUGCUGCUGCGGGGGUGGCUACAGGUCCUCCGGCUUCUCUCCACCCGCUGGGCCCCGGGGUGCAGAGCCGCCUGCGCCGAGGGGAGAGGGUGGAAUGAGCCCGCAGGCCUUCCCACCAGGGCUCUGUGGGCUCUGGCGCCAAUUUUAAGCCGGCUGCGAGGUUCCUGGCUCGGAAGCGAUGGCCAAGAGCAGAUCUCCAGGAACAGGACUCAGAUGCGGCAGAAUGAUCCUACUGGUUCUCCUAUGGCCUGUGUCCUGCCUAGCCACGGGUUCCUAGGCCUGAUAGCAGUGUCAGCACAGUCUGAGGUGAAAUCACGUUAUACAUUCAGUUGUGCAUUUUUGACAUUUACUCGUGGAAACUGGAAGAAGAGUUCCUCUUCUCCUACUCUAUGGUCACUUGGUAGAAAUAAGCUAGCAGAUCAGCCUUUCCAUCUAAACUGGGCUUGGAUCUUAGAGAGAGAAUAUUAUAUUGUAGGUGAAGAUUCUGUGUUGUCAGAUGUGACCCUCACACACAGGGGCUACCUUAGAAGCACAUCUUUCAUCAGCAUUGGAACCAAACAUGAAACUGCAGUAGAAAAUAAAAGUUUUAAAGGAACUGUUCAUAAACAGGUCCAGUUCAAUCCAGCCGCUAUGUGGAAGACCUCAGAAACUUUCCAGAUCAUUCUGUCAGAACCUGAUAUGGUUGCAAUGGAGUUCCCGGAGAUGGCAGCAGUUGAAAUUGUAGACUCUAGAGAUGAAUCAACAGUUUACAUUCCAGAAGCAGAAUACAAAAUACAAGAGGGUGUUGAGCUUCUUAUCCCUGUAAUACUAUCUGGAGACGCAAGCCAGGAACUCAUUGUCAUCUGUUCUACACAUCCAGCUGGAACAGACUAUGUUAAUGUCAGUCGAAAUCUGCACUUCAGCCCAGGAGUGCACCUGCAGAUCUUCCAGGUAACAGUUCUUGAUGACUUGGAACAGCUUGAGGGUCCAGAGACGUUUGAAUUAUUUCUCCAGGUGCCUAGAGGUGCAGUGCUUGGAGAAACAAAUAAAACCACCAUUAUCAUCAGUGACACCAUCAUCCUGUGGUUCCUUGGACUCAAUACUUUAAGAGGGGAGAGUAGCAGCCUAAACAUCUCCUAA